AGCAAUAAGUAAUCCAAUACUUGUUUGUAUUUUGUAUUUGUUUGUAGUUUUUACGUUUGUCUCAAAAGUUUUGCAUUGCCCCUUAUAUUGUGUAAAAUAUUGUUAUGGCGUUUAUAAUUCCCGACAAUAUAUUAGAGACAUUAAUUUGUACUUUUUGCCAUAAAUACUUAUCGGUAAAACCCGUAACAGUUUAUCCGAAUAGAGAUGUAGCAUGUGGUCGAUGUGCAGUCUCUGAGAAACAAAAAAACGGUAGAGGUAGAACAGAUGUUGAAUCCUUGUAUGGAAAAAUAGCUGAAACAUGGUUAUUUAAAUGUAUUAACAGAUUUGAUGGCUGUAGAGAAUUGUUAACAUGUUCUCAAGUUCUGGAUCAUGAAAAGGUGUGCUUGGGAAAAAUCCAUAAGUGUCCAAUUUGUUUUGAAGAAAUGCUGAGUUUCCUGGUGAUUCGACACUUUUAUUCCAACCAUAAGGAUGCUAUUUUGGAUUCUCCUGCGUUUGUUUUGAACUUGGAUUAUUAUUCAGAAAUGUCUAGAAUUUAUAUAUAUUCAGAAGAAGACAAUUUAUUUUCUCUUUAUAUUAACUAUAGUAAAUCAGAAAAUACAAUAAAAUUAGAAUUGGUUUAUAUGGGAAGUGAUAAAAUAGCUUCAAACAUAUCUCAUCAGUUUACCAUCACUAGCGAAAACAAUGAAUUUGAUAUUAACUUUAGCUCAAAACCUUCAUGUACUAAUGAGUUUUCCAUUGUGGAUACGUCAAAUAUGUCACAUUUAAUAUUUGUUAAAUUUAAGAUAUUUUAUCCAAACUCAAAGUUUUGGGCUAUAACUGAAAAUGUGAAUUCAUCGUCAUCCAGCAUCAGUAAUUCUCCAGAACAACCGAAACCCAGUCAGGGGGAAAAUACCAAACAAACCAAAUUCUUCAAUUUCCCUACGACUGUGAUCUAGAAUGUUUUAAUUGUAAAGAGUGUUGCAUCUUUUCCUUUGACUCGCUUGCUGUAGAGUAUUAUAACAGUCCCAUGCAUAAACAGACUAUUUGUUUUUGUUGCUUUCAGUGGUUAAACCGUAAACAAAAAAUUAAAGAAAAUGAUUUAUAUUUUAAACAUUCAAUUCCAUCAACUUUUCAGAGACGUUUUUGCAAGUACAGUAGUUGUCAUCGACUCUCCACAUUUUCAGAAAUAGUUUACCAUGAAAUAUUCUGUGAAGAGAGACCAUUAUAUGGUGCAGGAAGACUACAGUAUAAUAAUUGUCCUAUCCAAAAUUGUCGAGUUCAAAAUUUUGCUUUACCACUAUCAAAUCAUUUGAGAGAAUAUCAUGAUUAUAGGGUAUAUGCUUCUUUCUUUCAAAUUACGCAGCUACCAAUCAAAUAUUUCGUCUUCUUAGAAUAUCAGAUUAUCCAUUUUCAGCUAUCAGUCCAAGAUGAGUAUAACAUGGAAUGCAAAAUGGUAAAAAACUAUAAUAAAAUAAAAUCAGACUGGAAACCACAUGUGCUUUUUUUUCUUGAUAACACACUCACACCAUUAGCAAAGCUUCCUCUUUCAACUGAACCAUUAAGGUGUAGAGCAAAAAUUGUUUUAGUCAAAGAUUAAUAACAAAAUAUCUAUUGUAUGUGCCUAUAUAGUUCUUCAACUCUAACUUUUCACAUGCGUGAAGUUAUUUGCGAAGUACUUUUUAUACUAGGUCUCUUUUUUAUUCACAGAAACCAGUAUCACAAAAUUAAGGCGUUUGUCCAUAGAAACCACAAUAAGUUAAACAAGGAUAAACAAUAUCUAUGGCAUGUUGUUGAUACCUUGCUUACUAUGAAUUUUGACGUUUAUAAUUUUAAGUGACAGUACCAUUAGCGCAUUUGUUGGUUAUUAUUUGAAUUUAUUGUUUAUUUGGUUUUUCAAGUGAUGUAACUUUUAAUCUUUAUAUGCAUAUGUUAUUCUAACAAACAUGAUUAUUAUUAGACUGACUAACUACUGUCACCUCUUAAUUUCAUUAUUUCCGGUAUAUAUGUUAUAGUCAAAGCCCGAAUUUCAGGCACUCCUAGGUUUGACUAGGCAAUCCUCAGGUCUGACUGACGGUCUUAGUCAAAGCCUGAAAUAAAUUACAGUUUCGGCCUUUGACUAGUCAAACC